AAAGUAAUAUUAAGUUUUGUUAUGACUUUUCUAGGUCUUACAUCUUUACUUCAAACAGAGACUGUCCACCAACCAAUCACAGUUCAUCUUCUGUUCCAGUUAAUCUUCUCUCUGUUUCUGUUGGACAUCCACAAUGAUUAAAUGCUGUAUACAGAAACAGUGAACAAGACUUCAAUAUCAAUCAUAAUUUCCAUCAAGUUCUUGACACCUUAAUACUUGUACGCUUUGAUAAAUAUGUGGAGAUAUAAAUAGUAUGAGAGCAAUUGUGUGACUUUAAUUGUACAAUGUCUGACAAGCAGCUCAGUCUGUCAGCUAAACUCAUCAAUGGCGGUAUCGCCGGAUUAAUUGGUGUCACUUGCGUGUUUCCCAUUGAUCUGGCCAAAACACGCCUCCAAAACCAGCAAAACGGAUCGAGCAUCUACACCAGCAUGUAUGACUGUCUCUCGAAAACCAUCCGAUCAGAGGGUUUUUUUGGAAUAUACAGAGGUGCUGCAGUUAAUCUGAUGCUGGUGACUCCAGAAAAGGCCAUCAAACUCGCAUCCAACGAUUUCUUUAGACAUCAGCUCUCCAAAGAUGGGCAAAAGUUGACAUUGAUUAAAGAAAUGGUAGCUGGCUGUGGAGCGGGUACCUGUCAGGUGAUUAUAACAACUCCUAUGGAGAUGCUAAAGAUCCAGUUGCAGGAUGCUGGCAGAAUAGAGGCACAGAGGAAGCUCAUUGGUCAUCAGCGCAGAGGAGGCGGAGCCAAAGUGAGCCUCGUGAAAUCUCCCACUGCCCUCCAGCUCUCUAGAGAUGUGCUGAAGGACAGAGGCCUCGCUGGUUUUUAUAAGGGCCUUGGUGCCACUCUAUUAAGGGAUGUGCCUUUCUCUGUCAUUUACUUCCCACUGUUUGCUAACUUGAACAGCCUGGGCAGGAGGAACGCUGACGGUUCCGCUCCGUUUUACAUCUCCUUCCUGUCCGGCUGUAUUGCGGGCUGCACUGCAGCUGUUGCUGUCAACCCUGUGGAUGUGAUAAAGACCAGGAUUCAGUCUAUGACCCGUGGAAGUCAAGAAGACACAUACAGCGGAGUAAAAGACUGUCUCAGUAAGAUUCUUCGUAAUGAGGGUCCUGCUGCGUUCCUGAAGGGGGCGUACUGUCGCGCGCUGGUCAUAGCUCCGCUUUUCGGCAUCGCUCAAGUGGUUUAUUUACUGGGAGUUGGUGAAUUUGUUCUUCACCUAUUGUCUGGACGGAAACACUAAAUCCAUAAUAUGCUAUGUACUCAAACAGCAGUUAUCAAAUGUUAAGAAAAGCCUUGAUAAUGUUUAUAUCAAAGGUACACUGUCAGAAAAAUUGUCAAAAAAUGAUCCCAAUCAAGGGGCAACCUUCCAAUUUAUUUUGUGAAGCCUACAUGGAAGUGACCUAAACUGCAAUUCAUCGACUGGCCACUAGAGACUGUCUUAAAAAGAGAGUCAAUCACAAAGACCCCCGCUGUUAAAACUUUACCCCAGAAAAAAGAUGUUUACAGACUGCUACAAGUGUUUUUGAUGAGUUUUUUGUAGGGGGUGAUUUAUUUGUAAUAAUUAAGGGCUUGCCACCUGAGCCACAGGGUUCAUUGCCGCAGCUGUCACUACCGUCAAGCUAGGCGGGUGCGGUUUGAGGAGUCAGUCACCUCAGCUCCACCCACAUUCCGCCUCUUUGCCCAUUUUUGGUUAUCCAGGAGUGAUGUGUGGUGACGCACUGCCAACUUUGGACUUCGAAAAUGCUCUUCAGAAACCUACGGGUGACGUCACGGACAAUACGUCCAUGUUUUAUACAGUCUUAGGCCCAAUCUGUUGCUGGGGCAUCAACCUUUAAAAGGGUGUAUACAUUUGGUACAAAUAUGCACCUGUGAUAUAUUAAGGUGCAAAGAUUUACUUUUUAAAGGGGUACCGCCCCAGUGACAGCUAGGGACCAUUUUUGUUCUUUUUUUUUGUAUAGAGAUAUACCUAGUGUGUGGUGUAGGUAUUGUAAGAAAAUCCUAGACAAAAUCAAAUCUGUUAGCCAAAUACAUACACAUGCUUUUAAAGGUAAUUGUAUCUGUUUAAUCGCAAAUUAUGAUAAUGAUUAAGGCGUCUUUAACCUAAUUCAGGUAAAAUUAUGUAAAUGUAUUAGUUCAAAAUCAAGUAAUGAAGAUGCUGUGUAUUUUAAACUUUAAUAAUAAUACUUAAAGGUGCACUGUGUAAAUUUUGAGUGGCAUCUAGUGGUGUAGAGAAGCUACAGUAGCCACCAUUGUUUCCCUGUCCUAUAAAGCCCUUGUGUUUUCCAUUGUACUUAGCUUUGUUUAAUGUCCUAGUAUUUACUGUAGGUUCUUGUCAUACCAUGUUUAUGUUUGUUCAUGUUACUUAAUUUAAUAAAACUGCACUUGGGUCUACACUUCGUUUCCUCACGGUGAGUAGGGGUGCGCGGGGCAAAAACUAACGCGGGGUUAGUUUUAACAUGGACUGUUUACAUUGUUGCACAGGGUUGAACGUUUUGAUUUUCCGGUAUUUUUUUCACGCCGCCAAAAGACGAUCUUUCGCAAAUUAUUGGAAAUGUAUUAUGUUUUUCCAGAGAGUUAUUGAUGAACGAGUGUUUUGGUGGUGUGUAAGUACAUUUUUUCAUCAUAUGUAUUUUUCGGUUUCUAAGUUGGGUGUGUAAGAUACCAAAUCCAAUGCUAUGUCAUAUUAAUCAGUGUCUUGUUGACUAAAACACAGCAUCGUUUUGAAAUAUGUCUGCAGCUCUUAGCAACUUUUUUGGUGGGCUUGAAAAUAUUUUGA